AUGUCCGUGCUUAAUAACACGCUUUUCGAAGCUCAAGGCGUCAGCGCAUUCAAGAUCCCGCCCGGAACGGUGUCGCUAUCAAAGUGGAACCCGGAUUCGUCCAAUGUGGUGUGGAAGGGAAACAUCCGGCUCAUAGAACAGGAAUCGACGGAAAGCCCGGCGUCCGCGGCUGUUUUUGAAGGGCUUAGGCUCAAGUUAGAGCUUUUCAACAAGACAAAGCUGGGGCUGGAGGAUGUGCCGUGGGCCGAGGUCUGGUACAAUCCCAUGUCCGAAUUGGAUAGCCAAUAUCGCAUUGCUAAUGACGGCGAAGAUACCAUCCGCAUGUCGGACGAGUCUUCCAAAUACUACAAAAUCAUCACCCAGCUACCGGGAACAGGCUACCAUCCUUUGGAUAGCAAGUCAAACGACAAGGGAUUGGUUCUCCAGGUGGCUCUAGGGUUGAAAUUCGACGAUCUGUAUGCAGCUGUGUCUUUUUCCGAGGCCUUGGGGAUCUACCGCAAACGUUUCCGCAGCUACCAGAAUACCUUUCUGUACGACCAGCAUCUCUCGGAAUUGCAGCAGAAGAUCAUGGACAACCUUCGCCUCCCACAGGAAGAGGCGGAAAAGUCGCCAGCCCCAGAUUUUGACGAUGACGAAUUUGGCGGUUUCGUGGGGGCCUCUUAUGAUUGA